AUGCUGGACAUAAAGUGCUUCUCCUUCCUCAACAGAGCCCUCGAGAACGAGGUGGCGCCCAUACUCGUCGUGGCCACCAACCAAUCCUCCUACUUCCACCCCUCUUUACCCCAUUCCGCCACUCUCCACCCCUCCCCAUCCCUUGCCACCCCUCCACACCCCUCUCCACCUCUCUCCACCCCUCUCCAGGUGCACAUGCUCGAUAUUGAGUGCUUCUCCUUCCUCAACAGAGCUCUGGAAAACGGGAUGGCGCCCAUACUGGUCGUGGCGACAAAUUGGGGCAUCACCACGAUCCGAGGAACCAAUUAUAAGGCACCACAUCUGCUGGAUUUCCUUGACCGCCUGCUCAUCAUCAGCACCGAGCCGUACAAGGAGGAGGAGAUCAAGGAGAUAAUCAAAAUCAGAUGCCUAGAGGAGGCCGACCCCUGA